UACAAAAGUAAAAAAAAGUAAGUGUUUAUUGCGCGAGAUGUGAAAUGGUUUUGACGAAUCUGUUAUGCCGAAUGGAAAAAAACUGGCCACGGUCAACCAGAUACCACAGGAUAGUGAUAUUUUUCAGUGUUUCCUGAGUAGUAUAAUAUUCUGAAAUUUAGAUCCCUUCACUUCUUAAGGUACAGUAAAACCCAUUUAUCUGCAACCGCGAAGAGAAGACACGACAGACGUUCGUUAAUGCGCUGCAAGUGACCUUGAUUGUCUACUCGCAACAUAGGGGGUCCCGUGGACACUUUUAGUUCGCCGCGAUUUGAUGGUGGUAUUAUAGGUUUUUGGGUCGCUGAAUACAACGGAAGUGGUCUGGAAGCCAAAUGUGGUUGACAACCAAUUAUGCUUAGCAAUAGAUCAAAGUUAAUAUUAAUAGGAGUAAGCAUAUUGGAAAUGACAAUUAUUUUUAUAAUAUUUGAAGGCUCAAAACUGAAAGACAACAUUUGUUGUAACUCAUCCAAACCAGUGACUUUUCUAGGUUCAGUUGAUGAUUACUACCGUCUCUUGAACAUCAGCUUUAAGUUUUCUGUAAUGAAUCAAGUGUGCCAUGAAAAUACUCCACUGUUAGCGCUUAUACUAGUAUUUUCUGCAACUUCCAAUGUCAAAAAAAGGCAUACAAUAAGAAGUACAUGGGGGCAGGUGGAAAAAAAUAAAAAAUUGUUAUUUAUGUUAGGAGAUCCGGGUUCUCCAAAACAGCAGAAAGAUUUAGAAGUAGAAAGUUUGUUAUUUGGUGAUAUCGUACAAGGUAAUUUUAGAGACACUUACAAGAACCUAACUUACAAGCAUGUAAUGGUUCUUAAAUACUUUGUUUACCAUUGUCCGCAAGCAAAAUUUUUAAUAAAAACCGAUGAUGACGUCUUCAUCAACUGGCCAAGUAUGGAAAAUUUCCUCACUUAUGAUUUGAGUCCUUCCAGUGAUAGACCAACCAUAUACUGUUUUAGGAAAACUGGCAGUCCUGUAGAAAGAAGCAAUUCCAAAUGGGUGGUAACAUAUAGUGAGUAUCCAGAAGCAGUCUAUCCACCGUACUGUAUUGGUUGCUUUAUUAUUUAUACACCAGAAGUGAUAUUUAGUCUAUAUAAAGAAGCACAAAGAUCAAAUUCCUUUUUAUGGGUAGACGAUGCGUUCAUAACUGGCAUUCUCUUCAAAAAACUCAAUUAUAGUCACACAGAUAUCGAAUUUUUGAUGUUAUCGGACGAGAAUUUCUAUGCUAUUCUUAGAAAAUCCACCAACGUUGAAAUUAAACCUUUCUUAUUUAGAUUACUCCAUUAUGAAACAGAGAUGAAAAUUGUUUGGGAAUAUAUUUCUAAUCAAGUACCUCCAAGGAGUAUUUACAAAUUUUAAUGGUAAUAAAAUAUUUAAAAAAAAAACUCAAAAGUUGG